AUGAAACUUAUCUUCGAGGAGCUUUCUUACUUGCAAUCAUUUCUCAAAGCAAUCAGUCCUCCACAAAGCAGCCGCAACAAGAGAGUAGACGCUUUCGAGAGACAAAUCAAAGACGCGGUGCAUAAACUCGAAGAUCUCAUCGACUUCCAUAUAUCAGAUCAAUUUCUUUCAGCAUCCGAUGACGGUUUGACUUUCGUCUUUUCUCAGCAACUACUCGAGUUCAGACAAGAAGUUAGUUCAUUCACCAACAAAAUAUUGAAGACAAAGGAAGAGUACGACAUUAACAGACAAAACCAACAACAGAGCGAUUUUUCUGCUUCAGAAACCACCCUAUCAAGAAUUGUUGAUUAUGGUGGGACGAAGAAGAAAAAGAUCGUGGGAUUGGGUAAGGAACUGAGGGAACUAAAACAUUGGGUUUUGUCGGACACAUACGGACGUUGCUCUACGAUGUUAAUUGUCGGUAUGGCUGGCAUCGGUAAGACUAUUGUGCUCAAACAAGUUUACGACGAUCCAGAAGUCAUAGAUCAUUUUGAUCGACGUUUAUUUGUGACGCUCGGCCUCCAUUAUCAGUUGAAAGAAACUCUGCUACUUGUGCUUGAUCAACUCAAAGCUGAUAAUGAAGAUAUUCGUGAAGAUUCUUUAUCCAAGCUUGUAUACCAGAUUUUACUCGGCAAGAGGUAUCUCAUAGUGUUAGAUGACGUAUGGAAUACACACAUCAGGGAAGAACUCAAACACUAUCUUCCAGAUGAGGUGAACCAAAGCCGUAUCAUCAUUACAUCUAGGAUGCGAGACUUCAAUGAACUAUUUAUCGAGAUACCAUUGUUGAAUGACGCUGAAAGUUGGAAUCUACUUCGAGAUUUAGUAUUCACUACUACUGGAGGGUCGUGCAGUCCUCAACUUGAGAAGAUCGGUAAGGAGAUCGCCAAGAAAUGCGAAGGGCUCCCUCUGGCAAUUAUCGAGGUCGGAAAGCUCCUGCGUAAAAAAGAGAAGACGGUCGAGGAAUGGUAUGCUUUCUGUAUGAGUGUCUUCCCAAAAGGAUACGAGAUUUCUCGCUCGAAGCUCACCAAAUUGUGGGUUGCCGAGGGCUUUCUUGAACCACAAAAGAAUAAGUGCUUAGAAGAAACGGCCGACGAGUGCUUGAAAGAACUUAUUUCUCCGAGUGUUGUUUUGAAGAAGAGGCGGGGGUCUAAAGGUAAAAGGACAACUAAAACAUGCAAACUGCAUUUCACUUUUCGGAAUCUGUACGUUAAUGAAGCCAAGAGUGAGAACUUUUUCCACGUCAUAAACAAGUACCCCGACAGUUUUCCAGAGGGUAUAGAUAGCCAGCGGAGGUUGUGCGCACACAACAACAUUGUACUUGGUUUCGAACAAGCCCAUAUCUGGAUGGAAUCACUUCCAGUUCCAGGUGUACGUUCUCUUCUUUGUUACGGUCCAAAGCAACGAUAUCCAAUAAGGUUGUACUUGCCUUUUCGUUUGCUCAAGGUACUUGACGCCGUUUCGAUGCGGUUUUACGAAUUCCCACAUCAAGUAGUAGAACUAUUUCAUUUGAGGUACUUGGCAGUAACAUCCAAUGGGAAGAUCCCAGCUUCCAUAUCACGUCUUUGGAACCUCGAAGUCUUCAUUAUCCAUCAGCAUCAUCAUAGGAUAAUCAAAUCGUCGAAUUCUCCUGUUUAUUUGCCUGUAGAGAUUUGGAAGCUGCAUAAACUCAAACACCUGGAGUGCAUGGGAUUCGACCUGCCAGAUCCAAACAGUGAUGAUUCUCUUAUCCUGGAGAAGCUUUUAACACUUUCAGGUGUUAGCGCUCAUAGUUGCACUAAAAGAGUUCUUACGGCAAUGGAGUGGGAAAUGUGGCGCGACGACUGGGUCGUGUUAUUCGCCAGCCUGGAAUUCCUGCUGAUGGAAGAUUUAGAUAUACGGCAAUGGAGAGUGCAAUCUUACCAUUUCCCCAAGAUGAAGCGGUUGAUCAUACGCCACUGCUACAGAUUGACGGAGAUCCCCAUUUUCGAGCUUCACUAUUCACUGAAAAUCAAGGUCGAUGGUUGCUCCCCAUUGGUCACUCAACACUUGCUAUCUAAGCAGAAGCUCAACAACCGAUGGGAGUUUUUCGCAUAA